AUGCCAAGCUUGCGAAGCCUCCACGGAAUCUUCUUGUCGCGAGCCCUGCUUGCAGCAACCCGGAUUUUGGGACAGAUUAAAAAGUUUCAAUUGUCCGUGGAAGUGGCUGCGCGCGUUUUGGAUGAGUUGGAUGUGACCGUGUGGGGAGACGCUGUGCAUGCUCGUUUUCUUGCAGCUGUGGCCGAUUGUACCGAGAGCAAGGCUCGUGCCAAGCAGCAGAAUUUUUGCUUAUUGUCAGAGUAUAUGAAUCAGCAGUGGUGGGAUUUCUUAGAAUCGAGGAACAAGGACAUGAUGAAGUUGGAGGCAUUGUGUAAGCAUGCCUCGAAGCUCGGAUUGAGGAAUCCCACGGAAGGUUCCUAUGGAGCGCUUUUGGCACUUUCUUUUUAUUCGAGCAAGUCUGAGAUGUGGCUGGAAUCGGAGAAGUAUAAGCUUUUGGAGACGCACAAGGGCAGAAUGAAGAAGAUCUUGCAGCAGGAGCCGUUGCCGCAAAUGCAUCUGCUAGCUUUGCCGGCGGAUCCAGCGCAGAUGCCUCAAUGCUUGCUGAACCCGGCUUAUCCCAAUGGUUUUGUGUCUGGCCUUCCGUCGCUCACUACCAAAGAAGCGAUUCAGAAUUUGAUUUCGACUUAUCCUUUGAGAAAAACUAAUCGGGCCAACCCAGCGGUGCCAAUGUCUGUGGCUUCGUCAUCGUCCACGGACACGCAGGUGCUGACAGUUGCUAUGAAUACAUUGGCUACUGUAUCUAGUAUGAUGCAGCAGCAGCAGCAGCAACGGGUUUCUGAUGACUCUUUGCCGGGCUUGAGAAUUUUCAAGACACCACAGAAGACACGAGAUGGUGCCGCUUCCGCCAAGCCUUCACCGUUCCAUCCUCAGCUGGCGUUGGAAGACAAGAAGGAAGGGGUCGAUGCGCUGCCCACUGCACAGAGCGUGCAGGACUCUGCUAUGGUCAAAGCGGAAGAUGCGGUCCUGGGGAAACAAUUGAGCCCUCGGUCCACCAUUCAGGCUUUGAGAACGGAAUUGGACAAGCAAAAAGGUUCGACCGGAUCUGUGCAAAAGAGGCCUGCGACAAAGAAAGUGAAGAAGCCGCAGAAGAAGAAACCAGCGUUGCGCCGUCCAGCUGCGGCGCCGCAAGUCGCUAGGCGUCCGGCUGCGGCAUCUUCGGUGGUAUCUGAUGGCCAAGCAAGGUCGAAUACUGCAUUCUUGUUUGCCGUUACAUUUCGGCUCAGUAGGUUUCUGCUGACGGUUCUCCGUCUUGACUGCGCGUGCUCCGCGAGGCGGCUGCUUGAUUUGUUCGGGCCUCAGCUGCGUGUUGUUGCCUUAACCUGGUUGUCACCUGCGUGGUGUCACGCUUGUGCCAUGGCGUCCAGUUCGGAUGAUGAGGAGGAUGAGUCGGAAGAGGACGCUACGUCCCCAGCUGUUGCGGCGGAGAAGAAGGAAGAGGACGACAAGAAGGCCAGAGGGGCGGAACAGAAUAAGGAGGAGCUGCCCUCUCGCUCGGAGAGACGCACAAGGGCCAAAAGUGAAGAGAGGAAAGAGAGGUCUCGGCAUCGUCGCCGCCGUCGACGGUCUGGUCGAGAGACGGACAAGGAUCGCAGUCGCGGACGUGACCGGAGGCAGGCGCCGAGUCUGUUGCCGCCGCCACCUCCGCCGCCGCCAGCAGUUCCCAAGGAUGGUGGCAAAGGCAACAAGAAAGGCCCGCAGACAGUCCAAAGCAAAGUGCGCUGUGACAUAUGUCAUCGAUCUGUGAGUUCGACGGCUAAAGCUGCAAUGGACCAGCACCAGUACCUGAAUGAGCAGCGCAUCGCCGUGCAGUGUUGGAAUGGUUUUAGCCGAGCACAGCAAAAGGAUGCAGCCAUGUGGCCGAAAGCAAAGGAGAUGGACAAGAAGAUUAAAAUGAGCAGAGAGAAUGCGUCCGGCGUGCAAGAGGAGGAAGACCUGCGUGGCAGCAGCCCUUGCACUGUCAGGUCGUCUGGCGGUGGCAUCUCUCGCGGGCCGUCCUCCUCGCACGUGGUCACUGUUGCGGAGAAGGCAGCGCCGGUGGAAGAAGUCACGAAGUCGAAAAAGACGCAUGGGAAGGAGGUUGCCUGCGGCUCUCGUCGACGUCGUCGUCGCGGGACGCCGGAGGACUCCUCUCAUGACUCUUCGAGCCACUCUCGUCGCCGCACUAGGCAAUGCAUGGAGGAAGCCUUUGCAAAGCCGAGGAUGCUUGCUGGAUAUUUGUGUCAUCGGGAUUGGAAGGAGGAAUUUUUGAAAUGUUUGGAGUGCUUGGACCAGGCUGAAGGUCGGGCCUUUGAGGUUGCGGAUGGCGAUGUGACCAUUCUCAUGCCCCGUGUGAAUUGUUUGUUGCACGUGGCUGCUCGCGAUGAUUGGUCAAGUCUGCCGGUUGUCCCGGGAGAUCCCCAGAUGGUCCAGCUCCGCGGGCGCGUGACAGAUUGGGGCAGCAUGUGGCGAGACUUUCACGCGCGAGUAGGUCGCUAUCACAAGGAGCAAUUUGCAAGGGCUCGGCUGGACUUGGGUGAGCUGUGCGACGCCUGGGACAGGAAGGCGCCCGAAUCUCUGCCCCUAAGUGCUUGGUUGCACUGUGUAGAGACGCAGGAUUGGAGACGUUUGGACGGAUGUCCGCGGAUGUCCGCGGAUGUCCGCGGAUCCGUCAACAUGACCGGAUGUCCGCGGGUAGAUAGGCUCAAUGUCCGCGGAUGUCCGCGCGUGCCCGACAAGAUGGCUUACUUGGAAGGAAAAAAAGCAGGGAAACCGUGGAAACCUUCUCCUCUGGCCGUAUCAGUUCUUUGA